AUGUCAGACACAGAUUCCGACACGGCCAGCUCCGUGGGCAGCAUUGUUGAAGACGCAAGCGAGCCGGAUACAUCUACUUUCAAAGAUCUAUUUUCCGAUCGACAAUGGACCCGCGUAUCGGACAUGAUAGCGCAUGACAAGACCGAACACGGUUUUGAUCUCACAGAGACUAUCAAAGGACUUGGGCCAGAUGCAGAUGAGAUCACAAUUAUCAAGCUGAUCAACUAUUUGCGGUUCGAAGCACAAAAGGGAACUGACCCCAAGUCCAUCAAAGUGACAUUAGAUGACCUCUCAAGCGACAAGUACCUGCAGCCAGUUCUAGAGGAUGAUGCUCUGCUUUUCGAACUUGGCGACCUAAUGCCGAAUGACGAUGCUAAUGCCAUCGACUACGAUGAGUACGAGGCCAAAUUGCAAAAGGAUAUGCCCGAGGACUUUUCCAAGAUCAAACUUGUCAACGACCGUGAUCAAGACUACUUUGAGUCAUACAAGGGUAACAGCAUUCACCGAGAGAUGAUUGAGGACCGCGUACGGACAGAAGGAUAUCGUGACUUCAUUGAGAAGAAUGCUGAUGUCUUUGCGGGGAAGACCGUCAUGGACGUUGGCUGCGGUACCGGUAUUCUUUCGCUGUUUUGUGCGCGAGCGGGGGCAAAGAAGGUGUUUGCCGUUGACAACUCGGGCAUUGCUGUGCGUGCAAAGGAGAUUAUCGAGAAGAAUGGAUACCAAGAUCGCAUUGAGCUGAUCCAAGGAAGAGCCGAAGACUUCAACACACAGCGCCGGAUCGGAAAAGAAAAGGUCGACAUUAUCAUCUCGGAGUGGAUGGGCUACGGUCUGCUCUUCGAAGGCAUGCUCGACUCUGUCCUACGCGCCCGUGACAUGUAUCUGAAACCUGACGGUAUCAUGGUGCCCUCUCACUGCAACAUUCGUCUUGCGCCUAUUAGCGACGCCGAAUGGAUAGCCGACAGCACGGGUGAGAAGUUCUGGAAAGACAUUUACGGAUUCGACUUUUCGCCCAUGAUACCAGGCGGUCUGCUCAACACGCACGAGAUUGGCGUAUUUGACGUACCUGAAAAGUCAUUGUGCGGAAGCGCCAACAGCCAUUUGCUGGAGAUGAAGACUGUGUCCAUUAAAGAUCUGAGCUUCAACAUCCCACUUCGCAUGACGCUCGACCGCGACAUAAAGUCACUGGAAGCAAUCGCUAUCUGGUUCGACACCAUCUUCAUUCACCCGGGAAGUAGCCAGGAUAUCAAGACGAUUGACAACGUCGACUGGGGCAAGAACGGCAUCCCUGGCUUGGGCUUCUCAACCGGCCCUAGCAACACGCCUACUCAUUGGCAUCAGGCAGUAUUGCUGUUGGAUCCAGAGGUUGCAAAGAAGCAGACUUUUAAGAAGGGCACUGUCUUGGAGGGUACUCUGACGUACGCGAAGGAGAAGGGCGAUGACCGAGGCAUCACAGUGACGGUGGAGUGGAAGGGUAAUGGGGAGCAAGGGGAUGUAGAAGGAAAGGUGGAGAGGACCAUGGCAUAG